AUGGGCAACUGGAGGGACCCGGGCACCUUGAUCGGUACCUUCCUAUUCCUCCUGUGUUCCCCGCCCUUGCCAGCAUGCCCAGCUCCCUGUGCUUGCUCUGCGGGAGAGGUGGACUGCACCGAACAUGAGCUACACGAGGUGCCACAGCACCUGCCAGCUAACACCAGCACUCUGUGGCUUGACUACAACUUCAUCACCAUACUCAGGCCAGGCUCCUUCCUCUUCUUGCCGGUGCUGUUGCGACUCAGCCUGCCUCACAACCAUCUGGAGACGAUUCACAGUAAGGCCCUGGUGGGGCUCGGGACACUGCAGGAGCUGGACCUCAGCAACAACUACCUUACUGCGCUGACCUCGGAAGCCUUCCUGCCCCUCACCAGCUUGGUCACACUCAACCUGGGCAGCAACAUGCUGGGGGAGCUGGAGCCCAGGGUGCUGUAUGUCCUGCCUCAGCUCCGGGCACUCUUCCUGAACAGCAACCCCUGGGUGUGCACCUGCAGCAUCCAGCCUCUCUGGCACUGGCUCAGCCACAACAGGGAAAAAACGAAAGAGAAGAGUUUGCUCUUGUGCACAUCCCCAGAGCAGCUGAACAACUAUCCCAUCAUGGCCUUCAGGAAUGAAUCCUUCAGGCAAUGCUGGGAGAACUCACUGCUUGUCCAGGACUACGCCUUCUUUCUGCUCAUCGGACCAUUCUGUUUCCUGGGCAGCAUCUUCCUCUGCAUCUUCACGGGCUCCGUUACUGUUGCCUGCCACAACCUGCACAAAGAAUCACACUCCUGGAAGAGAUUCUCUGUCUGCAGGAAGCACUGA